AUGGAAAACGCUCAACUUCUCACAAACCUUGCUAAAUUUACAGUGCAGCAAGUACUGCCUGUGUCAAGUACUUGGCCAGUUCAUAGACGAAGUGCAGUCUUGGUUCUGCUGUUUGUUGGAAAGUUUGGUGAACUAAGAGUACUGCUCACCAAGAGAUGUAGGAAUCUCAGAAGUUUCUCGGGACAUGUAUCAUUGCCCGGUGGGAAGGCCGAUUUCCCAGAAGAGUCUGCUACGAUGGUGGCAAUACGAGAAGCUGAAGAAGAAAUAGGGCUGCCCAGGGACGAAGAAGUGCUUUUACGAAAUUUCAAUAUGAAGAUCGAAGCUGUCACCACAAAGUUCCCGCAUUUCCUAUCACGAACUUUCUUAAGUGUUAAACCCAUCGUCUCGUUUUUAUACAACGCAGGAACACCUUUAGACAGUCGGUACAAAGUACCAUUGGAUGGAUCCCAAUUUUUCGGCAAACUCAAUCCUGGGGAGACAACGUCCCUGUUUUCGGUUCCAUUGGCGGACUUCACUGCUCACAGGCAUACCCAUGCUGGAUUCCACGCGGAGUACGUGAGCCGGAAACUAUACACAGCCAAAUGGGGUGGAUUGACGUGGAAAUUGCAACACUACUACUACCCUAAUGAGAAUAUCAAAGACACUACGUGGCUCAACGAGAUCAUUGACACUAGUUCUGGCGACGAGGAAGCCGAAGGUAUACCGUGCAAAGACGUUUGGGGCUUGACGGCCAAAAUUUUGCAGGAGUUGAGCGAUGUAGCUCACGGUGAUACCGGAACCACCAAGGCCAAAGGCCAUGAGGAAUUGAUCUACGCACUUCACAAGUUUGGUAACCAAUUGCAGGAUCGUCAGCGUUCUCAAUGGGAAACCGCCAUGAUCAGCGGCCAACGUGGAGUGUUCUACAGCGAUGUUAUCCCGAAAGAGCAUCUAAAUGAUAUCUCGGUACUAGAGUUUUGA